CCUCAUCAACUCAUAAGUUUCACUGUGAGAAGACAGCAGAACUGGGACCCCUAAUUAGGACCAAGUGACACCUCAAGGAACAGGAUGCUGAGACUCUCUCUCCAUUUAUUUUUUGUCAGUGUCUUUAGAGCUUCUCUGCUGGCUGAUGGCGCUAACAUACGACUCGUUGGUGGCAGUAACUCCUGCUCUGGUAGAGUGGAAGUCUAUUAUAAUAACCAGUGGGGAACAGUGUGUGAUAAUGACUGGAGCAUUAAUGAGGCACAGGUGGUGUGCAGACAGCUUAGAUGUAGUGAUGCUGUCAGCGCUCAUCAAAAUGCCACCUUUGGUCGGAGAAGUGGCCCAAUAUGGAUGGAGGAUGUUCAGUGUUCCGGAAGUGAAAGCAGCAUCACACAGUGCACUUAUAACCAAUUUGGAUCACAAGAAUGUAAACAUGGUAAAGAUGCUGGUGUUACUUGCUCAGCUGGCAUACGACUUGUUGGUGGCAGUGACUCCUGCUCCGGUAGAGUGGAAAUCUAUUAUAAUAACAAGUGGGGAACAGUGUGUGAUGAUGACUGGAGCAUUAAUGAGACACAGGUGGUGUGUAGACAGCUUGGAUGUGGUGAUGCUGUCAGCGCUCAUAAAAAUGCUGCCUUUGGUCGGGGAAGUGGCCCAAUAUGGAUAGAUAAUGUUCAGUGUUCCGGAAGUGAAAGCAUCAUCACACAGUGCUCUCAUAAUGGAUUUGGAAAACACAACUGUAACCAUGGUGAAGAUGCUGGUGUUACUUGCUCAGCGACCUGGAUAUCUGUGACAACAGCGACAAACCUGCCAAACUCUUCUGUAAAAAAUGUGAUUGUAACAGGACAAAUUGACGGAAGGACAAUGGACACUGGUGAUAGUUAUGGUGUUAAAAUAAGACUCGUUGGUGGCAGUAACUCCUGCUCUGGUAGAGUGGAAAUCUAUUAUAAUAACCAGUGGGGAGCAGUCUGUGAUAAUCACUGGGACAAAAAUAAUGCACAGGUGGUGUGUAGACAGCUUGGAUGUGGUGAAUAUGCCAGCAAUCUUCCCAGUGCCAUCUUUGGUAAAAGAAGUGGCCCAGUCUGGAUGGAUGAGGUACAUUGUUCUGGAAAUGAAAGUACCAUCACACAGUGCUCUCAUAAUGGUUUUGGUUCACACAACUGUAAAUAUGAUGAAGAUGCUGCUGCUGUUACUUGCUCAGCACCCUGGAUACCUGUGACAACAGCGAUGCCAAACAAUGGCGCUAACAUACGACUCGCUGGUGGCAGUAACCCCUGCUCUGGUAGAGUGGAAGUCUAUUAUAAUAACCAAUGGGGAACAGUGUGUGAUGAUGACUGGGGCAUUAAUGAAGCACUGGUGGUGUGUAGACAGCUUGAAUGUGGUACUGCUGUCAGAGCUCAUCAAAGUGCCCACUUUGGUCAGGGAAGUGGCCCAAUAUGGAUAGAUAAUAUUUUCUGUUCUGGAAGUGAAAGCACCUUCACACAGUGCUCUCAUAGUGGAUUUGGAAAACACAACUGUAACCAUGAUGAAGAUGCUGGUGUUACUUGCUCAGCGAACAUUAUCCAUCCAUAUUGGGCCACUUCCCUGACCGAAGGUGGCAUGUUCAUUAGCGCUGACAGCAUUACCACACCCAAGCUGUCUACACACCACCUGUGCAUCAUUCAUGUCCCAGUCAUCAUCACACACUGUUCCCCACGUGUUAUUAAAACCGACUUCCACUCUACCAGAGCAGGAGUUACUGCCACCAACGAGACGUAUGUUAGCGCCAUCUAA